CGUAAGAUGUCAGGUUUGUUCUGUACUUCACAUGUUAUAAUUUUACCUCACAUAACCUAAUAAUAAUCGCAGUUUAGAUUUGUAGAAAAUGGCAAGUCGUUUAAACGUUUUAUUAACAUUUGUACGUGGUCAUCGACAGUAUUCAAAAGCAUGGCAUAAAGAUGCUGUCACAUAUGAGAAAGUUAAAUAUUAUCCAGUUAAAAAAGAUCAUGUAGAUCCUCCAAUUACACCAUCAAAAGUUUUGAUGGUUCACAGAGUAAAACCUUGGAAGGGCAAUCCUUAUUGGGAAAAAGAUAUACUUACAGAUUUAGGAUUUGAAGAGAGAAAAAGAGAUCCAGUAUUCGUAAAAAAUACGCCAGAAAUUUGUGCUAUGCUUUGGAGAGUAAAACAUCUAGUAAAAAUUGUUCCAGUAAAAUUACCCAAAAACUUACCAAAUACAGUCGAUGAUUUAACGGAAUAUUAUGUACAUGAAAAUGGAACAGUUUACAAUACUGGAAAACUUGACCCUGUACGUUACCAAGCCACAAUGGAAUUUAAGAAUUCUGUAAAAAAGAUGAAUCAUUAUACUAUCCGGGAACAGCUAAGGCUAAAAUGGAUAAAAGGAAUUCUUAUAUAAUAUAAUAAAUAUCAUAUGUAUAGGAAAUAGAGAAACAGCCAUUGAAUAAAUAAUACACUUUAUUUAUAUAGGCAAUCAUAACAGCGCUUACUGUAUAUUAAUUUUUAAAUAGUGUUCAAAUUUCUUAAAAAUGAUUAAAGUUUUUAUGUCUUAUAAAUAA